UCCCCCCAACUCCCUAUCCACCACAACCGGAUUAUAUAUUCCCCCAAACCAAACAAACAAACAAAUACCGCCUCUUCCACACCUUCAGGAUUUUCCACUCAUGAAGACGCUUGCUACUUCUUGCUCCAAAACCUUCAUCCACAAGUAUGGCGAUGGAGGGUUUAAGGAUCUUUCUCUCAAUAGACAUGAAGUAUGCUUCUUGCCUCCCAAAAUGGCGCCCAAUCCCCGCCGCUUCUUUCACCUGGUUUCUGUGCAGCACAAGUCGUUUCAUCCGGUUCUUCCGUCUGCCUCUCUGCUGCCGGAAUCGGAGGCAUGUACCCUUUUAUCUUUUUCCUCGUUUUUUAUACUUUUCUUUGCCUGGGAUUUUCUGGGGUGUCAGAGGUUUUUCUUUGUUUCUUCUUGAAACUCAAAAUUUGCCUUUUUCCAAAUCUUGGGUAUGAGGGUGGUUGCUGAGUUUGGUUUUUCAUUUUCCUUAAAACUUUCAUGUGGUUUCUUGGAAACCAAACAAAGCAUGCUAGUGUGGCUGUGAUUAGCUUUUGAUGGAUUAGGGAAUCUUGUUUUCUUUUUGUCUACUUCUAAACAAUUCAUAUGGAAUCCACUCAUGGGCUUUUACAACGUGGGUUCAGUUCUUGAAAAGGACAAAAAAAAAAAAAAUUGUUUGCAACUUAACAAUUUUAGCUUUUUGCUAAAUGGCAUGGUUCAAGGAAAAUCAAGGAGGUAAUUUUAUUGACAUUUUUAUGAAUCG